GCCGGUAUGCGUGUGUUUCUGAAGUUACGCCUAUCUUUCUUGGCAUUUUGGUUUCGCAUCUACCUCAGAUCUCGGCCCUGUUGAAGCAAAAAGUGUCCUUUUCCUGCGGGUCGGCGUUUCCGCAGACCGAGAAUAGCCCUCAGCCCCUCGUGGUCGUGUACCUUGUUCCACAACCGCCUGUUGAGUCUCGAUUGCGCGAGGCCCCCCUCAGCAGAAGGUAAGCGGCUCUCCUCUCCAACGAGACAAAGGGGCGAAAACUAUUUUUGCUCAGUCGCUCGCUAUUCUGUGGAGAGGUCUGUCUGGAAGCAAGAGCUCUGUAGCCAGCACACAGACUUCCCAAGUGUCCCUGAUCUGGUUGUACCGGCGCUUGGACUCUGUUGUCUCGGCCCCUUUUCUACGCGCACUUUCAUCGCAUCUUUGAGUGAGUGAGUCUUUUUCAUGCCUCCACCUAUUAGCCGCGAAAACGAAGUGUUUGCUGGUGAGAGUGUUGCUGUGAAGCCCCGAUUUCGCUCGUUCGUAGCCUCCACGGCUACCACGCGCACAAACAUACAGGUCGCUCUCAGCGUGCCGCACGCGGGUACGCACAUACAACAUACAUGCUCCUGUGUGUCCGUCUCGAGGGGUCGACUGUUCUCAGAGAGCCUGCUGCCGUUGGGUGACACUUUUUUUCGUGUCUCGCGGUCGUUUUUUUUCGUUCUCGUUUCUCGAGUCUCCUCCACUUUCCCCCCGUCGUCUCUCUUCUCCCAUUUCGUCUUUUUCGGUCGCUGCACCCUCUCACAAUGGCGCUCUCAGCCGCUGGCGUCGGCCGGCAGGUUCUCUCUGCCGCCGCGCGUCUGUCUUGUUCCACUUCUUCUGCCCCUCUACGCGCGACGAUUUCUUCUGUCACAGCUGCUUCCGCCACGUCUUCCUCUCUGCUUCCCUCCCUUUUGUGUGCCACUCACCGCGCGACCGGCGCGACCUCGCCUUCCCACCAGCGCGAGCAGCGCCGGUUCCUGAACCUGCACGAGUACCAAAGCAUGAGAAUCAUGAAGGAGUUCCACAUUACCACGCCCAAGUUCGCCGUCGCUUCAACAGCGAAGGAGGCCGAGCAGGAAGCCGCGACUUUCCUGUCCGAGUCGCCGAGCGGCGACGGGGAGCCCGUGGACUUUGUCGUCAAGGCGCAGGUCUUGGCUGGCGGCAGGGGCCUCGGCUUCUUCAGAGAGAACGGGUACCAGGGCGGCGUCCAGGUCUGUGAGAGUCCCCGCGAGGUCGGCAUCGUUGCGGAAAAAAUGCUCGGGAAAACGCUCGUCACCAAGCAAACAGGAAAGGAAGGCAAGCUGUGCAACAAAGUCCUCGUCACAGAGCGAUUCUUCAUCCGGAAAGAAAAAUACGUCGCCAUCCUCAUGGACCGCGGCGCCGGAGGUCCUAUCCUCAUUGGAAGCGCUCGAGGAGGCACCAGCAUCGAGGAUAUCGCCCACAACUACCCGGAGUCCAUUCACAAAAUGCCGAUCGACAUCAACCAAGGAAUCUCUGAGCCGCGUUUGAGGGAGUUUGCGGAGUUGCUGGGCUUUUCUGGAGACCGGCUGGAGGCGGCGUGCCAGUGCAUCCGUGGGCUGUACGAGCUGUUCAGGAGCAAGGACUGCACGCAGAUUGAAGUGAAUCCUCUGGUGGAGACGCACGACGGCCGCGUGUUGGUGUGCGACGCGAAACUCAACUUCGACGACAACGCGGGUUUCCGACAGAAAGACAUUUUCUCUCAACGCGAUUACUCCCAAGAAGACCCGCGAGAGGUGGCGGCCGACGCCGCAGAUCUGAACUAUAUCGGCCUCGAGGGGAGCAUCGGGUGUAUGGUCAACGGCGCCGGUCUCGCCAUGGCCACCAUGGACAUCAUCCACCUUCACGGAGGCUCUCCCGCGAACUUUCUCGAUGUCGGCGGCGGGGCCGACCAACACCAGAUCAUCGAGGCCUUGAAAAUCAUCCAGCAGGACAAGCGAGCGAACUGCGUCCUCGUCAACAUCUUUGGCGGCAUCAUGCGAUGCGAUGUCAUUGCCAAGGGCCUCGUCGCCGCCGCGAAGGAAGUCGGAUUCGACAAGCCAGUCGUGCUUCGACUUGAAGGCACGAACAAGGAAGCAGCUAAGGAAGUUCUGAAAGACGUUCUCACGGACCCGGCGUACUCGGCGCUCCAGCUCCUACAGGAGGAUGACUUCGACAAAGCGGCGCAGCUUGCGGUGAAAGUGGCAAGCGUUGUGGAUGCGGCAGCAAAGGCGAACCUGAAGGUUCACAUUUCGGCGCCGUAAAUAGAAAUAUUGCGAUGUCUGCUGUCGCCGAUGGCUGCAGCAAGUCCGCACGCCGACUGGAUCCGGAGCUGACGAUGCUCGAAGAGUGCCGGCUGUGGACUACGAAUGAGGUAGUUGUCUGAGACACUUUCGCUGCUUGUUCAAACAUUUGGCGAGCGAUCCUGAAUCUGGAAAAUUGACAGGCGGUGGUAGGUCAUCCCGGGAAACUGUGGCGCGGGGCAGCUGCUGUGUAUGUACGGGCGGGUCGGAGUGAGCGAGGUUCCUGAAGUGGCCAGUCUUGUCAGGAAGGAGAAUUUUUUCCAGGAAAGAUGUGUGUCACGUAUUCGACGUAGGUCCUUCAAAUACCAUCAGCGCGCCACGUCCACUUGUUUCUCUGUACACGGGCAUGUUGAAGCCGGAACGAAGGCAUUCAUGUCGAAAGCGUGCACUCAGGUACCGCGUGUCGUAGAUGCGCGGGGUACAUCGCCAGCAGUUGUAUGGGCUUUCGCUUGCAGAAUUUGAAUUUGCCUGUCGUUGAACCUGCGUCUCGAUUUCUUUCAAACGCUCUGGUAGCCCGUUGUACUAAUUCAUUAAAUGACGACCAGUCAGAUCUUGUCAGAACAACUUGCCAUUGCCUAUAGAGCAAGAAAGCCCACGCAUUUGGUUUAGGCUGAAGUGCAGUGCAGGGUACCCGGGUUGAGGGAUUCCAGUACACGGGCGUCACUCAGCAGUGAAGCCCGACUCGUGCUGAGGAGAGUGUGCUCUGUGGGGUUUCCCAGAGUUCCACGACACGGUCUGACGGAUCUGAGAAAUCGUAGUCAAAAGCAAAGCGCUCCCCGCUGCAAGUGCAGGACGUCCAGUUAAGAAACCGGUGAGGCAACCAGCUAAAGCCAUAGAUAGUUUAGUGCAUUUGAAAACGUGGGUAUCAGCUGUUGUAGCCUGCUUGAGAGUGUUUGUCCGCAAGUCCGUUAGGCCACACGCGAAUGCAGCGUGGGCACUGUCGGUUUUUGAGAACAACACUGGCAUCCCAGCGAGUGUGAUCAGGGCGUCGUAGUGGUCACACCCUGUUUCAGGAGAAUCGUCUCGCCGUCGUCUACAGUUGCUACACACUUAUACGCAGUGAUACAUUAUUUAGGUCUGUUUUUUGUUUGUGCAUCUGAACGGACUCAACGGCAAUGCACUUGAAACGGGCGUUGAAUGAUGGGUAGCCUCGAAUUAAACGAGGAGCAAACAAGGACUUUCCCAUGGCAGAGCUGUCGCUACUUCAUGACCGGGAGAACUGCAAAACGUUCGAUGAACGCGAAACUGAACGACAGCAACUCUAUCGGGCAAGCGACGAAACCAGUGCCGCUUGCAGUUCAAACAUAACAGCAUUAGCCCCUCCUUUCGAUCGAUAACAUGAAGCAUCGCGCUUUUUCGCAGAGUACGCUAAGGGAUAAGCUGCGGUUCGAUGACCCUUCCGUGAAUGGCCUUUUCUCCUAGCGUUGAAAAAUGUACAUCUUCACACUGUCAUAGGCGGAGAGGCGUACACCCUCUCUACCACCGUUACUGGUUCACAAUCAACGGGAAAAGGUAUUUCACAGCGAGAACCGCUUGAUGUCCUCUCCAUUCGCAUCGUGUCACAGUGAAAUUGCCAACAAAGUUGGCGUCACCUCCCAGACGCAAGCCACGAAACAACGUCCGGUCCAUCAAGGGAGUGACCCGUUUGUUGACAUUUGCAACCGCACUGCGACAACUUCGACAGAAACUUGACAAUGCCCUCGACUCGGUUGCAAGAGGUGCCCUUUCAGCCCGCGUUGUCACUGGCUCGUCUGUCAGACGAUGACUCGUCAUUGAGUGUAUUUUGUGGCCUGCCAUUCACAACUCCUGAUGCUGGUGCUCCGCCGGGGAUUUCUGUUCUCUUUGACGCGUCCGGGGCAAAUAGCAGUGCCUGCGUCAGGAGCCCACGGCGCGCUUCCAGAAGUUCUCGUGGUGCAUUAGGGGAAAGCGCAAGCAGCGUACUAUCGAGAUGAAAAAGCUUAUCAAUCCCUCUAGCCGCUGUCACCCUAGCUUCGCGAACCUGCCGGUCGUCCGUCUGCAGUGACAUUGCGAUGAGGGACUUGAGACAUGUUGCCACAAGGGGAAGGCCGUCUCUAAAAAUCCGAUAUAGACGUUGUGUUUCAUGUUUCAGAAGAGCAUCCGACACAUCACCCGAGAAAAUAAGGAAACCCUUUCUAAAGUUGUAAAACUGCUCUGUGAUGAACCUGGAGUAGCCCUCCAAAACAGGCAGAGCAGUAUAGCCGUUCAGCACAUACUGAAUACGGAGGAGAAUAUCUCCAGAAGCAACCCCUGUGCCGACCAACUCUUGAGCCCUGUAGUAUUUGUUGAUGAAGCGCUGUGCCGCAUCAGUGCUCUCGGCCACUCCCCACACGAAGGCGCGUUGAUGUUUGUUCAAAGAUGAUACAUAUUGGCAGAAAAAAUGUACCCCAGUACCCAGCAUGUUUAUUUUAUCGACAAGAGCGUCGAGCGAUGCCACAUCAUCUGACGUGAGGACUCUAUACUUUGCAACGAUACCUUCUGCGAAUGGUGCAUUUCGGACUCUCCAAAGAAGAGUAGCCACUGGAUUGCGACCCUUCAACGAGGCACCACCGAAAAUUGUGGAAGUGACUCUCUGCGGACCACUACUAACCAGAAGAGUGACGACGCCGAUUAAGACAGUAAAGCGUCCUACGUAACGUGAGAUUCCGACCUUCAUCUCUCUGGGACGACGGACACAAACACUGAGGCACCUCAGGGCUACCCUGCCAAUUGUUCUUCAAGUUUCGGGACUUGCACUCCACAAAGAAAAGGGCUCCGUUCCAAUCCGUUUAGGGUUUAAACGGCGUGACCGGUUAAAAAAACAGGCACCGCAAACAGGACAUCCAUAAAGCAGAAUGUCAAGAGUGGGUCGAGUUUUUUUGAUGCAUGAAAAUAUGAAUGAUAAAGGCUAGUUAGUUGCACACUUACCACUAAACUGUAUCGUUUUGAUUAAAGAAGGUACUCCAUGUAAAUUAUCGGAACCACUUGCAAUCUCCCGCACGUCCCAUUCUUGUGACAUCGGGAACGGCAGCCGCAACCUGCGUCUCUGUAGGGCUGUACUGCCUCGACAGCACCAGUUCGCUCACUCGACACUUGUUCAUGGGCCGUUUCCUUCGGCGUUUUCCAUGUUAGUUUCUGUUGUCCUCGCUGUCAGACUGAAGCACUACUGGCGAAGACCUCGAGGCAAUUACCGGGACUGGCGACUUGUGGGUUCGUUUUCACACCCUCUCGCGGCAGGUGCCUAACGAGACGCAUGCUCUCAAGAGACAGCGGUGACCGCGAGCACCUAUGGUACAUCAUCGUUCGUACUGGAGUAGAAGAAGAAAGGCCACAGCUCGAACAAGCGCACAUCGCCCACGAGCUGCGGCAAGAGGAAGUCGUACUGACUGGCAACAACUCAGGGGCUUAAUGUUUGCCUCGCCUUUGUGGACAACAGACACACAGUGACAGCGGAGUUGAAGUGCUCGAGCCCAUGUGCGGCUGUUUUGGGGGGAGAAGGUCCGGCGAGUCACUGGUGACAAUGACACCGUCCACGCCGCGCUUGCUACCAAUUAGUGGCAUGCCGGGAUAUCAUUUCUCUACGCUGAACAACGGGAGCAGUUGUGGCAUCCCUUCACCAUGGUACGGCUGGCCUGUGGCUGUUGCAAAGACUUCUACAUCGUUGAAAGACGAGACAUGCACCGUUAAAGUGAUUGAUGGUGUUCGAACCGUAGGUACUCCAGCCUGUGGUGGGAUUAGGCGCAGAUGCGCCGUAGGCAGUAACAGUGCUUUGCAGCACACCGGUGCCUUAAUAUGUCCUGCUCUUGCUGC